UUUCCGCAGACUUGGCUAUCUGGGUAUAUACUACGUUACUCGUGGAUCACGUGACACUACUAUCGCUAUCGCCGCUACCGCUCGUGCUACCGCUGCUCCCGGCUACUGCGCAUGUCUGCAAAAAUUAAUCUGUGGGAUCAGUGUUACUUGCGCGACAGUCUACGUCGCAUCGUUCGGUGGCGAGCGUGGUGCUCAAGUGGAGAACACUAAAUGAGUUGCGCGAAUUCUCUACGUCAAGCAGAGAAUUCAAUUCCCUCCGGCCGUCUCUCGCUAUUUCCAUCUUCCGCGAAUGUCAACGCGUAAACGGAACAAAGAGAGUGCAAAGAGUGCAAACGAACGCGCGACACGGAUGUGGAGACGGAUGUAGUGUCGCGGUGUUGUGCUGCGAGGUCGCACGUCGUACGUAUCCUGUGAUAACGACCACUACAAACGCGCGACAUCGUUAGAUCAGUAAUCAUCGCUGUUUCCUAAUAGAGGGAAAUUAAGCUGGGCGACGCGUGGCCCGAUGAUCGCGUAGCGACGUAGUCUACCAUAUUGUCAUCGGUAUCGGAGGGACUACAGGAUAGAGAAAGAGAGAGGGAGCCACGACGUCUUAAAAGAUGAUCGUCUCUACCGAAAUAUGCCUCUUGGUCUCCUUUCUCACAGUGAUGAGCGUAUUCGCUCUUCGCUGUCCGGAAAAUCAGGCAUGCAGUUGUCAACGGAAUCGAAACGACAACAGUAUCGAGAUAACUUGCUUCACGAAUAAUUACGCCUCUUUUUUCGUAAAGAUCCAGCCAAACGAAGAAUCUAUACGGAUAGAGUGCAUCAACUCACCGGAAUGGUCCGAUUUCAACUUGGGGUCCGUCGUGGAAAUGGAACAAGUGAAAUGGGUACAAUUUCAGACGUGCGAUUUGCCGAGUAACACCAGCCUAGGAAAGAUCACGCAGAUGCUAGGCGCUAACGAUGUGGAAACGUUGACUUUUCGGUCUUACAAAAAUCUUAGCUUCACCCUGGAGAAACGUCACCUUGACGGCUUCAAGGACUUAAAAAAUCUGAUUUUAUCGAGCAACAAUGUAUCUUACGUGCACGAGGAUCUACUAACCGGACUGGCGAACUUGACGGGGCUCAAUCUGCGCGAGAACAACUUACACCUGUCCGACGGAUUUUUUAAUUAUACCCCUGGACUACAAUGGCUCGAAUUGGGCGACAAUGACCUGGGAUCGAUAAAAGAAGGCACGUUUCACUACCUGAGGAAUCUGACGUACCUGAAUUUGUGGAAGAAUCAUUUAACCAAGCUACAACCGGGUAUCUUCGACAACCUCGUCUCGCUCCACAUCCUCGAUCUCAACACGAACAGCUUGACUAGCUUAGACGAAGACAUAUUCGCGAAAAUGGGAAAAAUCAAGACUAUCAACUUAUCCCGAAACAAUUUCACGCAUUUGCCGGCGAAUCUGCUGCGAAACAACACGCAACUGCAGACCUUCAAUCUUUUCGACAACAAACGAAACAUGACCUUACCAAGUGGACUCUUUGCUAAUUUAACGGAGCUGAAGGUACUGAAUCUGAAAAAGAUUGGCCUCUUCGAAUUACCGGAAGAGCUUUUCUGGGGAUGCUCUUCGCUGACCAACGUCUCUCUGGACAGAAAUUAUCUGACAACUCUACCCGCCCAUCUAUUUCGAGACUCGAAACAGUUGAUAGAAUUGGAAUUGGACUUUAAUAAACUCGAACGAUUGCCUGAUAAUAUUUUUGCGAAUGCCAGCCGAUUGAAAAGAUUGGAUCUAUCCAAAAAUCGUUUUACUUCCAUUUCCAGUAACAUGUUUAACGGAUUGGUCGCGCUGGAAGAACUAAACAUGCAAGAAAAUCAGCUAGUGAGCAUCUCUGACCAGAGUUUCGUUUCUAUGAAGAGGAGUUUGAAGAUUGUCAGACUGUCGAAGAAUCAUCUAACGUUACAAACUACCCACGGUCUCGAAUACCGAGACGAAUACGGAGCAAAAUCACCCUUUGCCGAAUGCGAAUCGUUGGAGGAAUUGUAUCUGGCUAACAACAACAUUUCCGAAAUAUUCAGCGAUUGGGUCGUGAGCAAUCCAAAUCUCCGACAACUGGAUCUCAAAUAUAACAACAUAUCUCUCAUAACCAGUGCAGAUCUGCAAUUCCUGUCGAGCAAUAUCAGAGUAGAUUUGACUUAUAACAAAAUACGACGCAUUUCCUUACAUGAUGCCGAAGAGCUAGCGGCGAACCAGGAAUAUUCUCGCAACGUGAUAAUACUGGUGGAUAAUAAUCCAAUAAAUUGCGACUGCGACUUGUACGACUUUCUGCGUUACAUCGAGGGCGAAAUGCAUCCCAAGGUUCAAGAGUAUUUUCACAUAAUACCACGAAAUUUAACGUGUCAGGGCCCACCGUGGUUGAAGAACAUGCGCGUCACGGACCUGCGAUCCAGGACACUGACGUGUAAGAUAGACGAGGGCCCUAACAUCGCGUGCCCGGAAAACUGCGACUGUUUCUUCAGGCCCGUAGACCAGACCUUCAUAUUCGACUUUACUCACAGAGAAUUGACCCAGGUGCCAAGCGACAUAAAAAAGCCGGGCUAUCCCUGGAACCUCGAAUUGAAUUUCAACGGUAACCGAUUAAGGCGAAUGCCGGAUUUGAAAAGAUUGGGACUCGAACGCGUGAAGAAACUUGGUUUGUCUCACAACAACAUCUCGGAAAUCUUCUUGGAUGCAUUGUCCAGCACAAUAGAGGUGUUGGAGCUGCAUAACAACAACAUGUCAAGAAUACACUCCGACGUGCUAGAAUUCCUGAAAACCUGUACAAAUCUGACUCGACUGACGCUACACGAUAACCCGUGGGAGUGCGAUUGCGCCGCGAAGGAUUUCUUGGGUUACAUUCAAACGAAAUACAUGACUAUCCCCGAUCUGUUUAAAGUCACGUGUCGCGGCGAGAACAAUUCCAUAUCGAAAAUGACGCCGAGCGAUUUCUGUCCGUUCGACACGGCAGCGGUCAUCGGCAUCAGCGUAGCGAUCGCUCUUAUGGGGUUGUUCGUUGGCACCUCCGGGCUGCUCUAUUACAAGUACCAACGACAGAUUAAAGUGUGGCUGUUCGCGCAUCAAUGGUGCUUAUGGUUCGUAACGGAGGAAGAGCUGGACAAGGAGAAACUGUACGACGCGUUCGUAAGCUAUUCGCACAAGGAUCACGACUUCGUGGUGGACGAGCUGGUAUCGAAAUUGGAGGGUGGACCGGCGCCGUUCAAACUGUGCCUUCAUUAUCGAGAUUGGCAGGCGGGCGAGUGGAUACCGGCGAAUAUCGCCAGAUCCGUGGAGGAUUCCAGGCGAACGAUAGUGGUGCUGUCGCCGAACUUCUUGGAGAGUGUCUGGGGAAGAAUGGAGUUUCGAGCUGCCCAUAGCCAGGCGUUGAGCGAAGGUCGGGCGAGAGUGAUACUGAUCCUGUACGGCGACGUCGGGCCUACCGACGAUCUGGACCCGGAACUGAAGGCGUACUUGAGCAUGAACACCUACGUCAAGUGGGGCGAUCCUUGGUUCUGGGAUAAAUUAAGGUACGCGCUACCGCAUCGGUCCAAGUUCACGAGGAAGACCAGCGGCGCUGUCGGACGGAAGAUAUUCGAGAAUCAUCAACUGUUCAUCCAGGCGAACGGCGAUAAGAAGGAGCUCAUUUAUCCGGUCGGGCUUUCCGAGACUCCUCCGGCGACCACGACACCGCCAGCCGAUUCACUCAACAAAACCUUCAUCCGCGACAAGAAGCUGGACGAACAAUUACCCGCGAACGGUUAUUCGCGGAAAUCGUGUAACUUGAAUGGGGACGUUGCGAUAAUAUUUAAGCCCGAGCAAUUAGACGUGAUCCGCAACGACGUGGAAUGUACCGCGUGAUAACAAUCGCGUGGUACGAAGAUAUCCCCGCGCAAGAGGGUGGUUGGCAUUUACUUUCGAAUGACAUGCUAACCGUGCCACGAACGGACCGAUUCGACUUUUUUUGAGACAAGACUUGAUCUUUGGAAUCUCGUGCGAUAAGUUUCGAGAUGCAAGCUCUCGGGAGAAAUAUAGAAA